AUGGCAGCUAAAAAUGAUGAUGAUGCUCAGGAUAUCCUUGGAGCCUGUCUAGGUAUUUUGGUGGAGGAGGCAGACCCUGUCAUUCUCAGGACUACUCUACAAACCUUGCUCAAGUUGAUGAAAAAUGCUGCUGAGAAUCCGUCUGAGGAGAAGUUCCAUCAUGUACGGAAGGAAAAUAAAGCAUUCAGUAAUAAAGUGUGGAGAUAUGCAGGUGCUCAGCAGUUUAUGUUGGCGGCAGGAUGGGCUGAGGCAGAUGAUGCUGUAGUGUUGACAGAUUCUGAGAGGUUAAAAUGUGCCAUUCAACUUCUUGAAGCAAAAAUUCUCUUAGUGAAAAAGAAAAGCAAAUUGCUGCUGAAAGAAAAAGACAACAGGCUCAGUUGA